GGGGCACAUGGCGCACAUGGCCGCGGUGGCCCUGGGCGGCGCAGGGCUGCAGGGCAUGUGGUCCUACAACCGCAAGAACUACAUGUUCGACGUGCCCCUGCUCCAGAGCAAGGCGUUCCAGAUCCAGAACAUCAACUUCAGCAGAUUCGGCCUCUUCCGGGAAGACAUCCGGGACCUGGCAGCCUACACCACGAACACGCUGGAGAGCUACCUGAUCGUGAACACGCUGCAGCUGGGCUUCAUCAUGUCUGUCGUCUUCAACUUUGACCGCACCAGCCCAGAGUUUGAGCGCCAGAACUUUCCUGAGCGACAGGUCGACAUCAUGGCCACGGGUCACUUCUGCUGCGCGGCGUUCUGGCUCUUCUUGUCCAUCUGGUACUGCAUGCAAGCGGUCGUCCUGUCGCAGUCCUUCACGACAAAGUUCCUGCUGCAGGUCGCCCGCCUGCCCAUACCCAGCGAGGAGGACGUGCACGGCUCCGCGGCGGACUCCCAGGCCUUCGAGGUGAACCUCCGGGAGGCCUUCCGCGUGCCUUUCGUGGGCGGCCUGCUGGGCGACAGCUCCCAGGCGGCCCAGAGGGCCCGCGCGGAGCAGCCCGGCCCGGCCGAGGUGGGAGCGAGGGCCGCGGCGCCAGCAGCGGGCGAGGGGGCGCCGGCGGCGGGGGCCGACGGCAGCGAGUCGCGGGCGCCCUCGCCGCCCGACCAGCCCGAGUGGGUGCUCCGCGUAGGCAGGGGUCUUGUCCCUCGGCGCCCGCGCGGGGGCCGAGCGGUGGCCUGA